AACUAAAUAUUUUGUAAUAAUGUAAUUUAUAAAUAUUAUUUUAAGAUAAGUAUUUAGUUUAUUGCAUUGUCAAAUGUCUACUUACCAAAAUGUCUAUUGUCUACUUAUUCCUAUUGUUAGAUCACACAUGGCGAAUCAGCUGCUUUUACUGCCUGGUACUUAGAGGUUAGCGUUAACGAUUUGUAACAAUGAACAUGAAUCUUGGUCACAGAAGUAAGAAUGUUGCAAGGGUCGAUGGUGCGAAAGAAAGAAUCAAAAAGUUACGAAAGCCUGCAAAGAAUCUUGAUCUUGAGCGUAAAAAUAUGAAAAUUCAAAAACUUGAAAAGGUAAAUAAAAAAAAGGUGAAACAUGUGUCAACUGAGGAAGCACAGACAAAAUCUGACAAUAUAUUGAAGCUGAACGAACGUAAAAUAAAUCUUAUACGCGUAGCAAAGAUGCUCGACGACAAGUCGCAGUUAAAGCAGAAAGUUGCGCAGCUCACAUUGAGAGACAAAAUGUUAACGCAGUUAAGAGCGUCUAGAUUCAGAUUUAUAAACGAGAUACUCUACAGCAACGAGAGUUCGCAGUCUAAGCAGUACUUCAACAAAGAUCCUGAUGCUUUUAUGGCUUAUCACGAGGGAUAUAAACAGCAAACUGAGCAAUGGACAGUAAAUCCACUGGAUGUUGUAAUAUCGUCGAUUAACAAACUGCCGACGGACAGUGUGAUCGCCGAUUUUGGAUGCGGCGAGGCACGGCUGGCUGCUUCUGUUCCCCACACAGUACAUUCGUUCGACUUCCUUGCUCUGAACGACAGAGUGAAGGCUUGCGACAUGGCCCAUACUCCAUUACUAAUGAACAGCGUCCACAUGGUUGUAUUUUGUCUCUCCUUAAUGGGUUCUAAUCUUAAGGAUUAUAUAAUAGAAGCCAAUAGGGUUCUCAAAAAUAACGGGAUCUUGAAAAUAGCCGAGGUCGAAAGCAGAUUCCAGGACGUAAAAGAGUUUAUAAGACUGCUACGUAGUUAUGGUUUUAGAAAUACGUGGAAAGACUUGUCUCACAACUUGUUUUAUUUUAUGGACUUCAAGAAAGAAGAAGAUAUAAGCAUGAAAAGGAAAAAUCUUCCUUCAAUUACGCUGAAAUCAUGUUUGUAUAAAAAAAGAUAAUUUUACUUCAUUAUAGCGCAAUAUUUUAUUAUGCAAAAUAAAUGUUCUACAUGAAAA